GUUGACCAUCAUCACGACGUCGACGGCCUCGACGCACGAUCCCCUUCCCCAAUUCCCCUUGUCAAAGGCAUGAUACAAACAGGGAUAAUUGAGAAUGCCCAUGGUGACCUCGUCACCGACGUCGCUUACGACUUUUACGGCCUUAGGCUCGCGACAUGCAGUCUCGAUCAAAGAAUCAAGGUAUGGCAACUAGACGAAACGAACGGGACCUGGGUGGUCGAGGAUGACUGGAAGGCGCACGCAGCCGCGGUGGCCAAACUCUCCUGGGCGCAUCCCGAGUUCGGCUCCAUCAUCGCGUCCGCGUCCUACGACCACUCCGUCAAGAUCUGGGAGCAGGUGCGCGCCACGGACGAGCCCGCGCCCUCCAUCAAUGGCGUCGUGGAUGGAUCGCCCGCCGGGCCCUCGCGAUGGGUGGAACGCGCCAUCCUCACCGACGCGCGGGGCUCGGUGCGCUCGGUGGAGUUUGCGCCACACCAUUUUGGAUUGAAGCUGGCGACAGUAUCUUCGGACAACCACAUUCGCGUGUAUGAGUGCUUGGAGCAGCCCUCGCUCACGACGUGGCAGCUGUGCGAUGAUAUCGACGCGUCGUCGUUGCCCCCAUCCUCAGCACAUACGCGCGGCGCGAAUACGCGGGCGAUCUCGACCCCCACGCAAAGUCAUGACAAGCACGACAGCGCGCCCGCGCCCCUCGUCACCCAGGCGCUGAACUCGGCAAACCUGCAGCAGUCGCAAAAGGCGCCCGGCCCUUCGAAUGCGGAGGCGGACGGCGGCUGGAGCGUGUCGUGGUGCAAGGACCGAUACUGGGGAGAGGUGUUGGCAGCCGCGGCCGGAACGAGCAACACUGUUCGGAUCAUCGAGCUCUCGCCAUCGCGCAGGCCAACGACGUUGCUCACGCUAGACCCCUCGCCAACUUCCUUUACCAGCAGCAUGGACGUGGACGAGGGCGCGCAGUCCUCCUCCCCAUACUCCAUAACGUCCGUAUCUUGGGCGCCGUCCUGUGGGCGCUCAUACCACCUCAUCGCUACCGGCGGACGCGACGGGCGCGUGCGGAUAUGGCGCGUCAAGCCCGGGCCCGAAGACGACGAGUCGGAGGACAACACGGCCGGGUGGACGGCGUCCAUCGUGGGCGACUUUGACCAGCAUAAGUCUGCUAUCGGGCGCGUAGAGUGGAAUAUUACGGGGACGGUGCUCUCCUCCGCAGGUAACGAUGGCCACGUACGGUUAUGGAAGGCUACCUCAGGGAAUGUCUGGAGACCUGCAGGAAGCAUCGGGGUUCAGGAGGCAGAAAAGGUGGACUCUUCGGAGAAAGACGAGGAGAUGGACACUUGUUGAGCUUGGGGGGCGACGUGGCGGAUGCCCUUCUGGCGUGGCCAAGACAAUGUCUUGUUGUACCUGCCUUCUAGGCCAUUGCUCAGUGGUUAGUGGACCUUUGCCGUUACUUGCCGUAAGGUGUUCUGUCAUGUAUCCUGCUCCCGUUGUCGACCCUAUCGUUGUGCGCUUCCGUCAACAGACAAAAGGCCUUACGGCGAUUUUCCGUGAGGUCUAUGCGAAUUGG